UCUUCUUCUUCCAUUUCCCAUACAUCAAUAAAUUUCCUCUACGAAAAUGGGAUUCAUCAGUGGCAUGAUCAUUGGCAUUGCAAUCGGUAUCCUAUUGAUCAUCGCUUUCGCUCGUCAAGAAAGCACUCGAUCCAAGCGUCGCACUGAUUUGGCAAACACGAUAGCAAGGUUUGCAAGGAUGACGGUGGAAGAUUCUAGAAAACUUUUGCCUCCAAAUUUCUAUCCAUCAUGGGUGGUUUUUACUCGGAGACAAAAGUUAAGUUUAAAUUUCUCAUAGAAUCAUCAAAUUCAAAUUUUGUAAGGUUUUCUAAUAUUGAUUUGUUUGUUAAUGCAGUUGAAUUGGCUUAAUGUUCAACUACAAAAGAUUUGGCCAUUCGUUGAUGAGGCAGCGUCAGAAUUGAUAAGAAACAAUGUUGAACCCAUUCUUGAACAAUAUCGGCCAUUGAUUUUGUCAUCUCUCACAUUUUCCAAGUUGACUCUUGGGAAUGUAGCUCCACAAUUUACAGGGAUUUCAAUUAUUGAAGAGGAUAGUGGUCCUAAUGGCAUCACAAUGGAGUUUGAAAUGCAAUGGGAUGGUACCCCAAAUAUUGUUCUUGACAUUAAAACUAAAGUUGGUGUUGUACUUCCUGUGCAGGUAAAAAAUAUUGGAUUCACUGGGGUUUUCAGGUUGAUCUUCAAACCUCUAGUAAAUGAAUUCCCUGCUUUUGGAGCUGUUUGUUUUUCUUUAAGAGAAAAGAAAGCUUUGGAUUUUACUCUUAAGGUGGUUGGUGGUGACAUUUCGUCUUUACCGGGGAUAUCUGAUGCUAUAGAGGAAACAAUUAGAGAUGCCAUUGAAGACUCUAUAACUUGGCCAGUACGCAAAAUUAUACCAAUUAUACCAGGAGAUUACAGUAACCUAGAAUUGAAACCAGUUGGAACACUAGAUGUAAAGUUAGUGCAAGCAAAGAACUUGGCAAAUAAAGAUCUUAUUGGAAAAUCUGAUCCUUAUGCUGUUGUAUUUGUACGCCCACUUCGCGACAAAACCAAAACCAGUAAAACAAUAAGUAACCAGUUGAACCCAAUAUGGAAUGAGAACUUUGAAUUUGUUAUUGAAGAUGUAUCUACACAACACUUGACCAUAAGAAUCUUUGACGAUGAAGGGAUUCAAGCAGCAGAACUUAUUGGUUGUGCCCAAGUUUCCUUAAAGGACCUUGAACCUGGUAAAGUCAAAGAUGUAUGGUUGAAACUAGUUAAGGAUUUAGAAAUCCAGAGAGAUAACAAAUACAGGGGUGAGGUGCACUUGGAGCUCUUGUACUGUCCACAUGGAGUUGAGAACACUUUUAAAAGCCCUUUUUUCUCUGAUUAUACUUUAACCACAUUUGAGAAGACUCUCAAGAGCGGAUCUAAUGACUUAGAGGAUGAUGAUAUUUCAAUAUCAUCAUCACGGUCAUCGUCAAGACCAUCGUCACGACCAUCAUCACGAUCUUCAUCGCGAAGGAGAAACAGUGUGAUUGUAAGAGGAGUUUUAUCCGUCACAGUAAUUUCAGCUGAAGAUUUGCCAGUAGUGGAUUUCAUGGGCAAGGCUGAUCCAUUUGUUGUCCUUUCAUUGAAAAAAUCAGAAAAGAAAGUCAAAACUAGAGUUGUUAACGAAACCUUAAAUCCAGUAUGGAAUCAAACAUUUGACUUUGUUGUGGAGGAUGGUUUACACGACAUGUUAAUUGUUGAACUUUGGGAUCAUGAUACCUUUGGCAAGGAAAAAAUGGGGAAAGUGAUCAUGACACUAACAAAGGUGAUCUUAGAAGGGGAAUACCACGAAACAUUUAUUUUGGAUGAUGCCAAAUCUGGAAAGAUUAAUUUGCAUUUAAGGUGGACUGCACAACACAAGUAUCGGGAGCCUUAAUACUUUACUUAUACGUUAGAUUGAGUUUAUUUUGUAAAAAUUACAAUUAUCAUCUUUAAAAAAAAUAGCAUGAUAGAAA